CGACAACGCGAGAAAAAUUAGUAUUUUUGCACUUCACAAAUUAAUGACCAUGAGUUCGUUUUUGAUAAACUCCAACUACAUCGAGCCCAAAUUCCCUCCUUGCGAGGAAUAUUCGCAGCUCGGCGGCGGCGGCGGGAGCAACUACCACCCCCAUCACCACCCCCAUCCCCCCCAUCACCACCACCAUCCCCAGCAGCAGCAGCAGCAGCACCUGCGCCAGCCGCACCAGGCUCACCCAGGCCAGCCUCUUCCCGAUUACUACCAGCGGCCGAGCAGAGAGCCGGGAUACCAGCCGCCGCCUCCAGCGCCGCCGCCGCCGCCUCCCGAGGCGCUGUACCCCGCGCAGCCAGCCCACUACCCCGAGUCGCCUUAUAGCUACAGCGGCAUCGGCGCCACUCCGGGCCAGGAACAGCCCGCUCCAGGAGCCUCGCCGCCGCCGCCGCCGCCUCCACCAGCCGCCGCCGCCGCCGCAGCAGCGCUCCCGCCUCCUCCGGCUCCUGCUCAGCCUCCUCCCGCGCCCACUCGGAAGGGCCACCACGUCCAGCCCCUGCACCCAGGCCACGUCCCCCACCCUCCGCCCCAGCCGCGCCAUGGCGAAGCGGCGCCGGUGGCCUCGAGCGGCAGCAGCCCCGCUUGCCCCCUUUUGCCCGGCGACAAGAGCCUGCCCGGCCUCAAAGGGAAGGAGCCGGUGGUCUACCCCUGGAUGAAGAAGAUCCACGUGAGCACGGUCAACCCCAAUUACAAUGGAGGGGAGCCCAAAAGGUCUCGAACUGCCUACACAAGACAACAAGUCCUGGAGCUGGAGAAAGAGUUCCAUUUUAACCGCUACCUGACCAGGAGGCGACGCAUAGAGAUCGCGCAUACCCUCUGCCUCUCUGAACGCCAGGUAAAGAUCUGGUUUCAGAACAGAAGGAUGAAGUGGAAGAAAGACCAUAAACUGCCCAACACCAAGAUGCGCUCCUCCAACCCUUCCAGUCUUAAUCAGCAAGCCAAAGCACCAGCACAGCACCAUCAGCCACCACCAAGGGGGAGGACAACGCCAAACUCAGCAGCCCUAUGAUAACCGAACAUACGCAGGGACACCCGCAUUCACACGUACUCACUCGUCUGUUUUUCGUUUGUCAUGGGGACCAAUCAACUGUAUUAAGGGGAAUAAAAGCAGAACAAGAAGUCGUGGCCAAUAUAGGGCACACAUGUUAAAACCAAAAAAUAAAACCCCAACAACCCUGUGCAAAGUGUUUACCUUCUCUAAAUAUGUCUUCAUUCUCACCAUAUCCUUUUUUUAAUUUAUGGAAAUAUCGUCUACCUGCAGCAUUAAAGAGUUGUGGAUGGAUCCUGAACCUAAGAAGGACCCUUUGUAUAUAUGUCUCAAGGCAUCAAAAUGUUUAUAAGUGACUUUGUGAGACAUGUGUGUAACUAUAGGCUUGUGUUGUUUUGUGGAAUGUUCGUGGGUCCUCAGUUACAGAGAGUCAGAAAUAUACCCAUUUUACAUCAUUGAAGUCUUUUGGAAAUUAGGGAAGGGGGACACCCAUUGACCACACACCCCUAGCUCUUACUGAUGAAGAAAAAUGUGUUUUUUAUGUACCAAGAAUAAUUCAGCUUUUUAAAAGUGUAGUCCUUGCUCUAAUUGCAAUACCUUCGUCUCCCAAUUGUUGCGUUCACUUCUCUUCUUUUUUAAAAAGAAAAGUACUCCUAUCACACUGUAAAGGCUGUUUCUGUCGUCAUGCCAUGCCACAA